UAUUAAACUGAUUUUUGGAAAUGGAUGAUUUCCUAGAGCUUGCUCUGGAUUCAUCACGGGUCGUCCCGGUCUUGCAGUACCGCCGGGAUCGGCUCACAUUAAUAGAUCAAGCAUAAUCAAUUUGCAAAUAAUAAGUAGAUCAUAGAGGAGUAGCUAAAAUGAAAACAGAUAUUGAAGGAGCUCGUGCUAUAGUAACAGGUGGUGCAUUGGGAAUUGGUUUUCAAUUAUGUCGUCAAUUAUUAUUAAAUGGAGCAAAGACUGUUGCAAUUUUAGAUAUUAAUGAAUCAGCUGGUUUGAAAUCAAUGAAACAAUUAAAUAAUGAAUUUGGACAAGGACGAAUAAUAUUUGUUACAACAAACGUUGCAGAUAUUAAACAGUUUGAAGAAAGUUUUAUGAAAGCUGUAGAACAGAUGGGCGGCCUGGAAAUAAUGAUAAAUAAUGCUGGUAUAUUAAACUAUCCACGAUGGUAUUUGAUGGUUGACGUUAACGUUAAAGGUGUAAUUCAUGGAACCUUACUUGGAAUCAAUUAUAUGGGUAAACACAAAGGUGGAAAAGGAGGAAUUGUCAUUAAUAUUGGAUCAAUAGCAGCUUUUUCUGUAGUGAAUUUAAUUCCAAUUUAUUCAGCAACAAAAGCAGCAAUAGUUGCAUUUAGUCGUCAAAUGGGAAGUCCUUAUCAUUAUGAAAGAACUGGAGUAGCAGUAAAAGUGAUGUGCCCUGGACGAGUAGAUACUGAUAUGAUACCACAAACAACAUCACCAUUUUUAGAUUAUAUUCAACAAGAAGACUUAGGGGAAGUAGAAAGAUUGCCUGGGCUUAAACCGGAAGAGCUGGCACCAGAUGUCAUGAAAUUGAUAAAAGAUCCAUCAACUAAUGCAGCUUGGGUAAAGAUAAAUGGUGAACCUACAUGUGCAUUGAAAUUUAUUAAUUUCACAGAUAUGUUAACUCCAAUUGAAUCCAUAGACAAAUAAAGUACGAUAAUAGAUGAUAAUUCAAAUAAAAAUAA